AUGGGUUGUAAAAGCUUGUUUUGUCCAUCAACAGAAUGCCCAAGACUCCAGACACAUGUUGUGAGACAAGAGGAGAAGGAAGGUAGCAAACUGCCUUCAAACCUUGAGGAAGUUGAGGAUCAUGAGAAUGUGGAUAUUAAAAUUUUAACAAAUGAUGAUGUUCUAGGUGAUGCAAUACCUUAUGAUCAGCAAGAUGCAAUACGCCACCUCUGUUACCAAUUCCUUGAUUUAAUGCCGCCUACGGGAAGAACAAACCCACAAUUUCCUGGUUCACAUCCAGUUUCUCUUAACAGAGAUAAUCUGCAACUACUAAGACAAAGAUACUACUAUGCUACAUGGAAGGCUGAUGGAACCCGCUACAUGAUGUUCAUUAACAGUACGGGGUGCUACCUAAUUGAUCGAAACUUCUGUUUUCGUAGGGUUCAAAUGCGGUUUCCCCUAAAGAAUGCUGCUGAGAGUUUCCAUAAUGAUACGCUGAUUGAUGGGGAAAUGAUUAUCGAUCAAAUUCCAGAUGUAGGACAGAAGAGAAGAUAUUUAGCAUAUGAUUUGGUUGCAUUAAACGGUUUCUCCGUUAUGAAGUUGCCGUUUUCUGAAAGGUGGAAACUACUUGAAGAAGAAGUAAUUCGACCAAGGAAUUAUGAGAGAAAGCAAUUAGAAUCUGACAGCAAGGGACAUCCCAUUUAUAGAUAUGAUAUGGAGCCAUUUUCAGUUUGUAGAUGUCAAGAUACAUGA